CGGGGACGUUUGGGACUUUGUCAUUUCCACAUUAUUUUUUUUUUUUCCGAAUUUCAUUUCAUUUUUCUUCUUUUUCUUUUUUUUUUUUUUAUCUCGCCAUUAUUGCUUUGCAAGAGGGGAAAAUUUUGAUUGAUUAUAGUUGGACACUCCCCGUGGUGGGGGGAAGAUUUUAGAUUUCUAUCUCUUCCGCCCCAUUGCGCCAUCUCUGGUUUCGAAAUUCGUUGAAAAUUUUGGAAGAUUUUUCUUCAGGGUGCUAUAGAUCACGGCUGCAGCAGCUUGAUCGCAAUUCCGAAUUGAAGAGUUCGAUUUCUUAUUGGUGCAUAAACUUAUUUGAGCUUCUCUUCAGUUCGAGAGGAGGUUUGAAUUUCUGGAGAAAACAUGGGGGUUAUGUCUAGGCGGGUUGUUCCUGCCUGUGGUAGCUUCUGUUUCUUCUGUCCUUCUAUGCGGGCGAGGUCGAGACAGCCUGUGAAACGAUACAAGAAGUUUCUUGCCGAUAUACUUCCUCGUAAUCAGAAUGCUGAACCAGACGAUAGAAAAAUUUCUAAGCUCUGUGACUAUGCUUCAAAGAACCCGUUGCGUAUUCCCAAGAUUACCGAACACCUGGAGCAACGAUGUUACAAAGAUUUGCGGAAUGAGAAUUUUGGAUCUGUGAAAAUCGUAAUUUGUGUUUACAGAAAACUACUAUUGAUGUGCAAAGAUCAGAUGCCACUAUAUGCUAGUAGCUUAAUUGGGAUUUCUCGAAUUCUUUUAGAACAAACACGGCAUGAUGAUAUGCAGAUUCUUGGUUGCAAUAUUCUUGUUGAGUUCAUAAGUCGCCAGACAGAUAGUACAUAUAUGUUCAACUUAGAGGGCAUCAUUCCAAAACUUUGCGAAGUGGCUAUAGAAGGUGAGAGUGAUGACAAGGCACCUCAUUUGCGAUCAGCUGGACUCCAAACUCUAGCUUCUAUGAUAUUGUUCAUGGGCGAGCAGUCUCAUAUCUCAAUGGACUUUGACAAUAUCAUAUCAGUGGUUUUGGAGAACUAUGUAGUAGAUGUGCAAUAUUCCAUUGAAGGACAACAGACAGUAAAAGACGACAGCUCUUCUAUGUUAGAUGUUGAUGGAAAGGUUUCUUCGUUUAAUCAUUUGAGCAAAAUGGAAACUGAAACGGAUGAUCAGAAGAACCCUUCUUAUUGGUCUAGAGUUUGCUUGUGUAAUAUGGCUAAAUUGGCAAAGGAAGCUACAACCGUCAGGCGUGUGUUUGAACCUCUGUUUCAUCAUUUUGAUACUGAAAAUCAAUGGUCCUUAGAAAAGGGACUCGCCUGCUCGGUGUUGACAUUUAUGCAAUCUCUUAUGGAUGAAUCAGGAGACAACUCGCAUCUUUUGUUUUCGAUUCUUGUCAAGCACUUGGAUCAUAAAAGCAUUAUAAAAAAGCCUCAGAUUCAACUAGAUAUUAUCAAUGUAACUACACAACUUGCUCAAAAUGCAAAGCCGCAAGCCUCCGUUACUAUUAUUGGGGCUAUCACUGAUUUGAUAAAACAUCUACGAAAGUGCAUUCUAUGUUUAUUUGAAGCAUCCAGCACUGGACACGACACAGAUAAACGGAGUACCCAACUUCAGAUGGCAUUGGAAACCUGCAUUUCUCAGCUCUCAAAGAAGGUUGGAGAUGCGGGACCCAUACUAGAUAUGCUAGCUGUUGUGAUGGAGAAUGUUACAAAUAAUACUAUUUCAGCUCGAGCAACAAUCUCUGCAGUUUAUCAGACUGCAAUGAUUGUGGCUUCUAUUCCAAAUGUUUCAUAUCACAAUAAGGUUUUUCCCGAUGCUCUAUUUCAUCAGUUGCUUUUAGCAAUGGCUCACCCUGACCACGAGACUCGAGUUCGGGCACAUGACAUUUUCUCUAUAGUGCUUAUGCCGUCCAUUAAGUGUCCUAGGAUGGAACCGAAAAUGGUUUCCUCAGAAACUGUUUCUUGGUUACCAUUUGGCAGUGCAACACAAAAAAUGAAUGGUGGAAGUUCCUCCUUUAAGGAUGAAGACAAACAUGCAUCAGAACCCAUGAAUGGGGAGAGAAGGGAAGAAUGUAAAGCAACAGAGUCCAUUUCCGAGGAAUCUGCAACACAUCCAUCUAGUUGUGAAUCCUCCAAAUUCAAUCAUAGUUCCAGCGAGGGAAAAAAUAAGUUGGCUUCCCUCCGUUUAAGCAGUCACCAAUCGAGUCUCCUGCUCUCGUCAUUAUGGAUCCAAGCUACAUAUGCGGAUAAUACACCUGCAAAUUUUGAGGCUAUGGCCCACAGUUAUAGCAUUGUUUUGCUAUUUACCAGAUCUAAGACUUCAAGUCACAUGGCUUUGGUACGAUGUUUUCAGCUGGCGUUUUCCCUUCGUAGUAUUGCUGUGGAUCAAAAAGGUGGUUUACUACCCUCUCGCAGAAGGUCAAUCUUCACUUUGGCAUCGUUUAUGCUUCUAUUUUCAGCCAGGGCGGGCGAUCUUCCAGAGUUGACUCCUAUCAUUAAAGCAUCAUUAGAUAAUAUAAUGGUUGAUCCUCACCUCCAGUUGGUUAAUGAUACCAGGCUGCAGGCUGUUCGCGUGAGGUCCGAAAAGGAUAGCGUACCAUUCGGGUCAGAAGAAGAUGAAGUUGCUGCAUCGAGGUUUCUAGCAGUACUUGAACUAGAUGAACAGCAGUUGAAGAAAAAUGUGCUCUCACACUUCACAAUUAAAUAUGCCAGUCUCUCGGAGGCUGAGUUAUCAAGGAUUCGAGUGCAGCUCUUACAUGGGUUUUUGCCUGAUGAGACAUACCCAUUAGGAGCUCCAUUAUUUAUGGAGACACCACAUCCAUGUUCCCCACUCGCUCAGCUGGCAUUUCCUGACCACGACGAGGUUAUGCCUGCUGCUUUUACAGACGACGAAGCCUUCCUUGAGCCAAGCGAAAGCCAGUCUGAUCGUAAAACAUCACUUUCCAUCAGUAACCUCGACAUUUUAAAUGUCAAUCAGCUUUUGGAAUCAGUGCUCGAAACAGCCAGACAAGUUGCAAGCAACCAAGCUUCUUCUGCGCCCGUUCCUUACGAUCAAAUGAAAAGUCAAUGUGAAGCGCUCGUAACGUGCAAACAGGAGAAAAUGUCAGUGCUUCAUAGUUUCAAGCAAACAAAGGAAGAGAAGGCGAUAGUACUCUCCAGUGAAAUUGGAACUUCAUAUCCUCCUUUACCUGUCAAUACAAUGGAAAUUGUUCCGGAUGAUCUCAAGUAUUACGCCAAGGACACGAACAAACGACAGGAUCAGCCUUUUCUUUGUUCACAUGAAUAUGGUCGCUGUUCUUUAAGAUUACCACCUUCAAGUCCAUAUGACAAGUUCUUGAAGGCUGCUGGAUGCUAGAACUUAGCUACGAUUCAACGAGUUAAAAAGGCUGUAGUUCGUAUUCCCGAAUUCGCUACUUCGAUAUUCCACUUUCGAUUUUUUCAUUCUUGAUUUAGUUUGCUAUACAGAGGAUGCUUUCGAAAUGCGGCAUCAGAGUGACUUUGGCAAGAAUAGAUGGUUUUUGUAAUGCAGUCGUUCAGAUACUCUCAUGGAAAGGUCUGGGAAGGUUUGUCCAUUUCUAUAGUGAUGCAUUUCUGGUAUCUCUCCUUGCUUUUUGUACAAUACUUUCUAAACUGGAAAUCAUCAUUCAGAGGAAAUUAUGUUCUUGAGAUUUAUUUUCAUGUUUCUUUCUUCUUAGGGAUGUAUUUUUCGUGUUUUAUUGUUCAAAUACUUGUGAUUCAGAGUUUCUUUGCCCGCCCGUUCGGGUCAACUCACUAAACAAGAAAAGGACAAUAGACAAUUUUCGUGGGUUCAAAGGAUUGAUCGACGUUUGAAGAAUGCUUGACCGGAGGUUGACAAAAUCAAAGAUCUACAUGACCAAAUUUUCCUGUAGUGCUCGGCUCGAUUAGGCGAAUGCGAGUGAGGGAUAAGCUUCUCAGAUUGAAGAAACUUAUUCGAUGAUAACUUUUGUAAGUGAUUUAAUUUUUGCGAUGAAAAGAAGGGUAACAGGAAAUUUAAUAUUA